AUGGUGAGUAGUGUAUCUGCAAGCUUCUCUGACCUGGUCGCCGUGGGCAUAAAGGUCGAGCUUGGAUUGAAGAAUGGAAAAAUGAUAACCACCUCUGAAACAUCUAGUAAUAAUGCCAAAAAGUUUCCCGGAAGUUUUCAAAGGAAGAAGGAGGGUGAAACAAAUUAUGUUCAACAACCGUAUGUGGCAGCAGUCACACCAAAUUUCAAUCAAUCACAAGCUCCUGUCUAUCAACCUAUUCAACAAGCACCAGUAUACCAGCAAGCACCCGCGCCACCUGCGUAUCAACAGCCAAGGGCACAGGCUCCUCGUCCACAAAAUCCUCCACAUCAAAAUAGGGUACAGAGAAGUAGACUUCCGUUUGCUUCAAUCCCUAUGACAUACACUGAAUUGUACUCAUCGUUACUACGAAACGGGUUGGUGACUCCCAGACCUUUGGGUCCUCCACCAAAUCCCUUACAUCCAUGGUACAAUCCAGAUGUCCAUUGCCCUUUCCAUGAGGGUGCCCCUGGACAUGAUUUAGAGGGAUGUUAUGCUUUGAAGCAUAUUGUGCGAGAUCUGGUUGAGAAGAAGAUCCUUUCAUUUCGAGAUAUCGGGCCCAACGUAAAAAGUAACCCUCUACCGGCGCAUGGUGAUGUUAAUGCCAUCGAGGAUGCUUCCGAUGUUUGUAUAAUCAAAAAUGUGGAAAAUGUUAAAACUCAAUUGCUAGAACUUCAUGCAAGAUUGGCGGGAGCUAGUUUGAUUGAUACAUGCCACGACGAUUGUGAAGAAUGUGUCAUUCAUCCAAGGGGAUGUAAAGUGGUACGAAAUGACAUUCAGAACUUAAUGGAUCAAGGUGUUUUACAAAUUUGUGGCCCUAUGACAAACGAGGAAGUUUUAGUCAUUGAACCCGUUUUCAAUUUACCAGAACCGUUUGAGAUAACUUAUCAUAGGAAAGAUGUUGUUCAUCCAUCACCCGUGGUAGUUUGUAUGCAUACCCCCUUUCCUUUUGAAAGCACCAAAGCGGUACCCUGGAAGUAUGACAUAACUGUGGUAGAUGUUAGACGGUGUGGCUAG